UUUGUAUUUAUCGAUUGAUGUCAUUAGAUAUAUAUGAUAUAACUAUUGGUCAAUUCAAUUAUUGUAAAAUUAUCCAUCUUUUAAUAACAUUAGAAGAUCCACAUCAAAGGUUAUUCCCUUUUGCGCAAAGCUUGAUUUGGAUUUCGUGAUUUGAUUCUUCACUUCUUCGGUUGCAGCAGCAGCAGCAGCAGCCAGAUUCCAUAUUGAUUUGUAUUCUAUUCUUCUGGAUGCUUCUGCACCUGGGUUUUAUCUGAACACUCAUUACCGUUUACUUGGUUUGUUCUCUUAUUGUGGGGGAGUUCUGUUCUUUGUCUACAAGUUCUUGGAGGUAAAACAUGUCGGGAGUCUUUGUUGGUUUGUUUGGAAACAGAAUGAUGUCUGGCGGUGCAGAUGUGGCAACUGCUAUAGUGCCUUUGUUGAAGCUCCUCAGCCUAACAGUCAUAGGACUACUACUUGCAAAUCCAAGAAAGCAAUUCAUACCCAGAGCAACAUUUAAACUCCUUAGUAAACUUGUGUUUGCUUUGUUCUUGCCGUGCCUUAUAUUUACUGAAUUGGGUGAAAGCAUUACUCUUCAAAACUUUGUGGAUUGGUGGUUUAUUCCUGUUAAUGUGCUAGUGAGCACAGCUCUUGGUUGCAUACUCGGGCUCUUAGUGGUGGCCAUAUGCCGCCCACCUCCGCAUUUAACCAGAUUCACUGUCAUAAUGACAGGAUUUGGUAACACUGGAAAUCUCCCCCUAGCUAUAGUUGGAUCUGUUUGCCAUACUAAAACGAAUCCAUUCGGAAAGCAUUGCAACACAAGAGGGGUGGCUUUUGUCUCUUUUGCUCAAUGGGUUGCUGUUAUCCUAGUAUACACACUUGUUUAUCACAUGAUGGAGCCUCCUAUGGAGUAUUAUGAGAUUGUUGAUGAAGGGAAUGAAAUUGAGCAAGACCGGGCGCUGAAUGAUAUAAGUAGACCACUGCUUGUAGAAGCUGAGUGGCCUGGCAUGGAGGAUAAAGAGACUGAACAUUCUAAGACACCCUUCAUUGCCAGGAUCUUUCAGAGCAUCUCUGGCAUUUCCACAUCUGCUAUUCCUGAGAAUCAUGACCUUGACGCGAUAGUGGAAAGCGACGAGAAUAGUCCAAGGUCCAUUAGGUGUUUGGCUGAACCUAGAGUUGUCAGGAGGAUCAGAAUUGUUGCUGAACAAACCCCACUUCAGCACAUUCUUCAACCCCCAACAAUUGCUUCUUUGUUAGCCAUCAUCAUUGGCACAGUGCCUAUGCUGAAAGCUUUGUUCUUCGGAUAUGAUGCUCCGUUAUCUUUCAUUACAGACAGUUUGGAGAUUGUAGGCGGGGCUAUGGUGCCUUCUGUGAUGCUUAUAUUGGGGGGUAUGCUUGCCGAAGGACCAAACGAGUCGAAACUUGGUCUCAGAACUACAAUUGGUAUAGUUGUGGCAAGACUCCUGGUGCUUCCUCUUCUCGGAAUCGGUAUCGUGGCAUUGGCGGAUAAGCUAAAUUUCUUGGUCGAGAAUGAUGCUAUGUUUAUAUUUGUCCUUUUGUUACAGUACACUACACCUAGUGCUAUUUUGUUGGGAGCAAUUGCCAGCUUGAGAGGUUAUGCUGUUAGUGAAGCUUCUGCACUACUCUUCUGGCAGCAUGUGAUUGCCCUUUUCUCCCUUUCCUUGUACACUGUAAUCUACUUCAGAAUAAUUGCGUAUAUCUGAAGUUGCUGUAUUUUUUACUACCUUGGCAUUUUGGAGUAGUAGGUUAGAAGAUUGUUGUCAUUGCACUGUCCUCUGAAGUGUGAUAUAUGAUGGGGAUAGAAUUGUUUCUUGCUUGGUUUGCUGUAUUGUUUUGGUACUGAUGAUUUGGUGAAGGAUGCAAAUAAUGUUCCUUCACUUCCUUCCUUGUAUGAUUUUGAACUUGGUUUCCCAUGUGAACUAUGUUAAUCUUUUGAACGUUUA